UCAGAAAGUCACACCCUGUUCUCACCUUUCUGUGGCUAAACCUAAGUAUACGCCAACAACAACUGUUGCUCUGUCGUUUUCCAAAGAAUUUCGAGUUAUUGGCGGAAGAAGGGGAAUCAGAGAAGAAGGUUUGAGAUUUCGAUCUCUUCUAAGCGACGAAGCGGAGGUGUUAACAUGGAUGUUGGCAAACUCUUUGCUCUGAAGAAGAAGAAGGGCAAGACCCAAGCCCAGAAGAAGGACCCUUCGGUCCAACCGCCUGUGGGAGCCUUCUUCCAAAAAGAGGCUCCGGAGCCCUCUGCUGCGGAGGGAGUCGUCGGUGUGGCGGAGGGGGCCACAAAAAAGAAAAAGGGGAGCAAGGCGGUUGAGCCCCCGGCUAAGAAACAGAGGGGCACAGGGGGCACUGUCGGCCAGGAUGCCCCCUUGGUGAUCAUUGAGCAUCGCCCCUCUCCGGACCCCCUGUUGAUGCUGCGGCGACAGCCCAAACCAAUCCUCCCCUGAGAAGCCCCCCUCGGGAGAUCCUGCAGCUCUCUUUGGCCCCGGGGGCUUCUGUCCUACACGGCUCAGCGGAGCCGAAAGCUUUUCUGAGGGGGAUGACCUCGGUGAUGGACAAGGCUGCCCUCUCCACAUAUGAUGACGAGGCCCUCGAGAACAUGAUCUUUCGGUCUUCAUUAACCGCUUGCGUAGCCCUCGAGGAGCACGCACAGAGGCUUGAGCAAUGGCGCCUCCGGAAGGCGGAGCAGGACAGGGAGAUGAAAGAGCUCAUCCUGAAGAACUCCGAGGCCGUAAAGCAGAUGGCCAUGCUGGAGGAAGAUCUCCGGAAGGCUGCCGAGGGCAAAGCUGCAGCGGAGUAAGCCAGGCUUGAGGCCGAGAGGGCAGCCAAGAAAGCUGCCGAGGAGGCGGAGAUUGCUAAGGCCGAGGCCGUCGCCAAAGCUCGGGAAGAAGCUGUUGCCGCCUUCGUGGCCGAGGGCUGGAAAACCGAAGACAGGCGGCAGUGGGUGGCCUCGGUCGUGGAGUCUUCGGUUGAUGACUGAGUGAAGGGCCCCGGAGCCGACGGGAUGGCAGAAAGGGGAGACAGCUAUUACCAGGGGGCGAGUUCUUCACCCAGCAUCUGGUGUAUCGGAGGCUCGCCAGGCACUUCAUAGUCCCUUUCGAGGAAUUCGACCCCUCGGCUUACGGCCUUCCUGCUUUGCAGCCGGAUGUGAGAAACCCCCUCCCCCCGGGCGAAGAGAGGCUUGUGAUCCAUGACUCCAUGAUGAUGGGGGGAUCCGGCGAUGGUGAUACCGAGGACGCCAUCGGGGAGGAGGUCACCUCGAAGCCCGCCAAGGAGGCAGCAGCUUGAAGAAAACACUUGUAGUUGAAUAGCUUUUUAAACACUUUUCCUUCUUGUUUGUAAUAUUCGUGUACUCUCGGCCUCGGCCACAUUGUAAUACAUACAUCUGAAUUUCCUCUUUUUGACGAAUGAAUGAUUGCCUUCGGGCUUUGUGUAUAUGACUUGUCCUCUUUAUUUCAUUUCUUCUCGAAUGUAUGCCGUCGUUUUCUUUUGAAUGUAUGCCUUCGCCCUUCUGAAUGUAUGCCUUCGCCCUUCUGAAUGUAUGUUUAGGACUUAGAAUAUAUUCUUCCAAGUGUAGUGCUUCUUGUAGCCCUCGGCUACCAGUAAUCUUUAGUCAGUUGAACCUUUCACCGAGGGCACAAUGUUCAGGACUUAGAAAUAUUUCUAAGUGUUUGUUCAUCUGUUGGCCCCCGACUGAUCCUUCCCUCCGGUUCUAUGUAGCCUUCAUGAGAUGACCGGAGGCGAGAUAUUUAGGACUUAGAAAAUCUCUAAGUGUUUGGAUAUUGUGUAGCCUUCGGUACGUGGAUACCCCUCGCUGAUUGGACGCAUGACCGAGGGCCCAGGAAUAGUCAGGACUUAGAAUAGCCGGAGGCAAUCCUUGAGUGGACUUAGCCAUUCGUUGAUGAUGUCUGUUGUGAAUGGUAUCCUUUGUACUUGUGAACUUCCAAGGUACCGAAGGUGUUCCCGUGGGGAGCCCUCGGUAUGUUUUUGUAAAUUGUUGGAGUGAUGUACUCAUUGAUUUCUCGCCGAGUCUACUCCCCUUCAAUUCAAGACGAUAUACCGUGGUGCAUGAUGUUUGCCGACGAUAUUGUAUUGAUUGAUGAGACGCAAUCAGGUCUUAAAGCAAAGUUGGAAGUAUGGCGACAAACAUUGGAGAAUAAGGGUUUCAAACUAAGUCGGAGCAAGACAGAGUACAUGGAGUGCAAGUUUGGUGGAGGUAGAAGUAGUGGUAAUAGUGGAAUUACUCUGGAUGGUAAGGAGAUACCAGUCAGCGAUAUGUUCCGUUACUUGGGCUCCAUAAUUCAGAAGGACGGUGAGUUAGAUGGAGAUGUAUCCCAUAGAAUCAGAACAGGGUGGAUGAAGUGGAAGAGUGCGUCAGAAUUUCUAUGCGACCGAGGUAUGCCGACUAGACUGAAGGGUAAAUUUUAUAGGACAUCAAUUAGGCCUGCAUUACUGUAUGGCGUAGAGUGUUGGGCGGUGAAACAAUGUCACAUUCAAAAGAUGAGUGUGGCAGAGAUGCGCAUGCUGCGUUGGAUGUGUGGGCAUACUAGGAAGGAGCGCAUGAGGAAUGAGACAAUCAGACAAAGGGUGGGAGUAGCACCUAUUGAAGACAAGAUGCGGGAGUCGCGCCUACGGUGGUUUGGUCAUGUGCGUAGAAGACCGAGUGAUGCACCUGUUAGGCGAGUUGAGAUGUGUGGAGAAGAGGCAGGGAAGAGAGGGAGAGGAAGACCCAAACAGACGUGGGUUAGGGGAGUUCGAAGUGAUAUGCUUCUUCUGGGGUUGGAUGAGGGCAUGACUUUGGAGAGAACUAAGUGGAGGGCGGGUAUUCACGUGAAGGAGUGAUCUUGAUAAUCUUUUCCCCUCAUCUUUUUUUCCUUAUAUAUAUAUAUGCAUUAUUUGCAGCCUUUUUAUUUUAUCAUUUUUAUAUAUAUUCAUCUUUUUUAUAUUAUCUUUUCAUAAUAGCUUAUCUUUUUAUCUUUAUUCCUUCUUUUCCUUUUGGUUGUGAUAUCAUGUAUCGAUUCAUGUUAGCCGACCCCAAUAUCUUUUGGGACUAAGGCUUGGAUGUUGUUUUUUUUUUUUUUGAGUAGUGAAGGGAAGGCUUCAAGAAACUUGGUUUCUUGGUAAGGUUUGGCCUAUCGGGAGGUAACAGAAUACACCAUUAGCUCCCCCCUCGGGUUAACCUUCCGAGUUCCGAGGGGAUCGAGGGUCGUUUCCUGGGCACAAGAUAUGGUGGUCUGGAGCCUGCCUCCCCUUGGGGGAUGGCGCGGAAAGCGCCUCAGUUUUGAAAGUCGUCCCCUCGGCGCUAGACAUAGUCCGUGGCCUGCCACACCUUUGGGGUGGUGGCGCGGGGAGCGUUUCGGUUUGGAAGUCGAAUCAUGGGCAUUUCUCGUGCCUGUCAUACCCUUGGGGUGAUGACGCGGAAAGCAUUCCGUUUUUGAAAGUCGAAUCCUGGGCAUUUCUCAUGCCUGUCAUACCUUUGGGGUGAUGACGCGGAAAGCGUUUCAGGGAAGGGUUUUCAUUUGCACACUGGUUGCAAAUGGCCGGGUGCACUACGUGCUGCCGGCACCGAGAGGUGGCGCCUUCGGUAUAGGCGUCCUCGAGGGGUACGGCUUAAGAAACAACACUUGGUGUUUGUUCCGAUGUACGGCCCCCGGUACUUGGUACCGAGGGGUCUUCUGUAAAAAUAGUUGGUGUUUUUUCUUCACUUGUCGCAGGGGACUGUGGUGUCUACCCUCGGUACUUGGUACCGAGGGGUCUUCUGUGGGAACACUUGGUGUUUCUUCCUACUUGUUGGAGGAGGUGAUUGUGUCGUCUACCCUCGGUACUUGGUACCGAGGGGUCUUCUGUGGAAACACUUGGUGUUUCUCCCCGAUUAUUGAAGGGGAUUAUGUUAUCUACCCUCGGUACUUGGUACCGAAGGGUCUUCUGCGGAAACACUUGGUGUUUCUUCUUAUUUGUUGAAAACUGCUAGUGGCGUGCCCCCCGGCACCAGGUGCCGAGGGGUUUCUUUUUUGGGGACAGGUGGUGCUUUGUCGUAGGUGAUAAUAUUGUCUACCCUCGGCACUUGGUGCCGAGAGUUCUUCUAUGGUGGUGAGGCCUUGGGCCUGGGGGUGGUAUGAGGGCUUGGCCCCUGUGAUAAUCUUGUUCCGUGUUCUCGGUGUCUUCAAAAUGCCUUCAUUCUUCAGAAUUCUUAGGCCUUGGGCCAUAAAAUAAUACAUUCACUAGUUAUGAGGGCUUGGCCGCUCUGAUGUUAUUGAUAAAAUUUAACUAGGUGAUGUACAUUCCAGUGCCUAGGGACUUCAGUCCCGUUAGGGCGUUUUAGCUUGUAAGUUCCGGAUUUGAUGAUGGCUGCCACGAUGUAGGGGCCCUCGAACUUUGGUGCCAUCUUUCCACCCUCGGUUGGUUGGCUAGCUUCCCUUCUUCGGAGAACAUAGUCCCCCACUUGGAAUUCCCGGGAGCGAACCUUGGCGUCAAUGUAACUUUUUACUUGCCUUCGGUAGUUUUCCGCGCGUAUGAAGGUCUGCUCUCGGCGUUCUGAAAUCAGGUGGAGGUCGAGGGCCAUAUUGGCGUCGUUGGCCUCCGGAUCAUACUGUGUGACCCUUCGGGUUGGAAGAGUUACCUCGGUGGGGGCCUUGGCUUCAAAUCCGUAGCAAAGGGAGAAGGGUGUCUCGCCAGUUGCCCGCCGAGGGGUGGUACGGUAGACCCAUAAGAUGUUGUGGAGUUCUUCUACCCAACCACCCCCUUCGGCCUCCAACUUCUUUUUUAGGCCUUCGAGCAAGGUCCUGUUGACGUUCUCCACUUGACCGUUGCCCUGAGGGUAAGCAACGAAUGAGAAGGUGUGUUUGAUGCCCCAUGCCUCUAGGAGGGCACAGAAGGGGGCUGCCUCAAACUGAGUCCCAUUGUCGGAGAUGAUUUGCUGAGGGACGCCAAACCUGGUGAGAAUGUUUUUGAGAACAAAAUGACGGCACCUGGCCUCAGUGAUGCUGGCGAGGGGCUCAGCUUCCACCCAUUUGGUGAAGUAAUCGAUGGCGACGAUGAUGUAUCUAUUGUUGGAGGUACCCCUCCGCAGAGGGCCCACAAGCUCUAUGCCCCAUCGAGCGAAGGGUAUGGAUGUGCUGAUGGGGGCAUAGUUGACCGCUGGCCUGCCGGGGGCUUUCUGGAAGUGUUGGCACGCGGGACACCUCCGGGCAAGAUCUGCACAAUCCCGGGCCAUCGUAGGCCAGAAGUAGCCCUGGAUCACUAGCCUUCGGGACAUGGAGAAGGGUCCCUGGUGAGAUGAGCAAGUGCCACUGUGUACUUCCUCCAUUGCUACUUCAGCUUCAUCUUGAUGAAGGCACCGAAGCAACGUCCCAUUGUAGGACCUUUUGUAAAGCCUCCCGUCCUCGAUAGUGUAGCUGGGAGCCCUCAUCUUUGCCAGCUUGGCGCGGGUCUCAUCCUCGGGCAGUUGCCCUGUGGUGAUGAAGGCAACAAUAUCCGAGAUCCAGUCCUCCUGUCUUUGUUGUAUAUCCAUGACGGGGCUAGCAUGUAUGCUAGAGAGGCUGAGUUCUUCUACUUUGGCAAUCUUGGAGAUAUGCUCAGGGGAUUCUGCCGAGAGCUUUGAUAAAAUGUCGGCCUCGGAGUUUUGAGCCCUCGGUAUUUGAGUAAGAGAGUGUCCCUCAAAUACCUUAAGCAACUCCUUGGCCGCCUCCUUGUAUUGCUUCGUUCUCCCUUCCUUGGCUUCGUACUCCCCGGAGAUUUGGCCGACGACUAACUUGGAGUCGCACUUGACGUGGAUUUGUCAGGCCUUUAUGUUAGCUGCCAGCCGGAGGCCACAGAGGAGGGCCUCGUAUUCGGCUUCAUUGUUGGAGACUUUGAAGGAGAAACAGACUACAUAAUAGGCCCGGAAGCCCUCGGGUGAGAUGAGAACCACCCCUCCUCCGCAUGCCUUGAUGGUGGAGGAGCCGUCGGUGUAGAGGGUCCACCAGUCAUCCGAAGGGGCCGAGGGCUCCCCGUCCGUGGCUGCCCUUGUCGUGCACUCCGUCACGAAGUCCGCUAGGGCUUGGCCCUUGAUGGCGGGUCUAGGAUGGAUGUCGAUGUUGUAUUGGCUCAAGAAGACAACCCAUUUUACCAUUCGGGAGGAGCUAGUGGGGCUCCUCAUCAAGGCGCCGAGGGGUUGGUGAGUGAGGACCUGGAUCGGGUGAGCCUGGAAGUAAUGGCCCAACUUCUUGACGGUCCACACGAUAGCCAACACCGUUUUUUCCAUGGGGGAGUACCGGAGCUCCGCUUCGCUGAGGGUCUUGCUAACAUAGAAGAUGGCAUGUUGGAUGCCAUCCUCUUCCCGGAUGAGUACAGAGCUGAUGGAAGCCGGGCUAACACCCAAGUAGAGGUACAGGAUUUCCCCUACCUUGGGUUUAGAGAGCACAGGGGAUGAAGAUAAGUAUCGUUUCAGCUCCUCGAACGCCCCCUGACAUUCUGAAGUCCACUGGAAACCGGCUGUUUUCCUCAUGAUCUGGAAGAAGGGUAAAGACUUCUCCGCCGAUUUUGAUAAGAAGCGGUUGAGGGCUGCCAGGCGGCCCGUCAACCGUUGGACCUCCUUCACGUUGCGUGGGGGCUCCAUGUUGAUGAUGGCCUGGAUUUUCUCGGGGUUGGCCUCAAUACCCAUUCGGCUAACCAUGUAGCCCAGGAAUUUCCCCCCCCGGACGCCGAAGGUACACUUCUUCGGGUUCAGCCGAAGGCUAAACUUCUGCAUGAUGGCGAAGAUCUCCCUCAGGUCGUCAGCAUGGUUUGCUGACUGCUUGCUUUUGACGAUCAUAUCGUCAACGUAUGCCUCCAUGGUGCGCCCUAGGACAGCUUGAAAUACUCUGGCCACCAUCCGAGUGUAGGUGGCGCCUAAGUUCUUUAGGCCGAAGGCCAUGACAAGGUAGCAGAAGAUGCCCUCGGGAGUAAUGAAGGCUGUUUUUUCAGCGUCCUCCUCAUGCAUGUAUAUUUGAUGGUAUCCGCGGAAUGCGUUGAGGAAUGACAUGAUUUCACACCCCGCGGUUUCAUCCACCAGUUGAUCAAUAUUUGGCAAAGGAAAGGGGUCCAUGGGACACGCCUUGUUGAGAUCCGUGUAGUCCACGCACAUGCGGAAUGAGGGUGGUUUCUGUGCGAGGACCACGUUUGUCAGCCAUGAGGGGUACUUCACCUCCUUGAUGUGCUUGAUAGAGAGGAGCAUGGCGACCUCCUUCUUCACAAAUUCCCUCCUUGAGAAAUUGUUUUUCGAAGUUUACCCGUUGGAAUGGAGAAAACUAGGAAAAUGUGGGUUAGUGUGGGUUCUUUUCCACACCGAAAAUCACAAGGGAAUUUGAACCCUUUAUAAAGGGAAACCCCCCCUAAGGAGUUAAGAUUCCUAAAGGGAAAGGCUCUCUCACGCGCGCAAGGGGGUGCGAAUCAAAUCCCGAAAUCGAAGAACAAAAACCGCGACUUGCGUGUGCGGGCGACCUGCACACACGAAUGCCGUCCGAAAAUCUAUCUUCUAAAGAUAACGUUAAUUUUUGUUCUUCCGGUACGUUCCUACUUUAAUUUUUGCUCCAUGCACAUAAAUGCCCAACGUCUAUAUGCUGCCAUUGAUGUCCCAACGUUCAUAUGAACGUUUUGGGUUGUUUAAGGACUGGAAUCAAUGCCCAACGUUUAGGACAUUGAUGUCCAACGAUCAUAACCCUUAAACAGCCAUUAACACACCUUAAUCCACCCCUAUAAAAGGCUAGUAGGUGCUUUGCAAAGACACAAUCUUUUUCAUACACUUCGUUCACGUAUUUUCAUAGCUAAAACAGCACCUCUAGCACUCCAUACAAACUCCUUCGGUGUUCUGCUUUUGUUCACGUUCGUUGGAACUUUAGUUUGAGUGCUAAACUAUUGUUCGAAGUCAUCGUAUCCUGGGAAACGAUCGUUGCAACGCUCCGAGCACCCCGGAAGGCAACAAAUACAUUUUAAGGAAAUCGGCUGAGGAACUAUUUUGAGCUCCCUUCAAUCCAAAUUCCAACAGGCCGUUUUCUCAUGGCUAGUUCAAGACGGGAUGGAUAUGGUGGACAAGUUAGCCGUGGUGUUGGACAUGGUAGGGACUCACUUGCAAGUUCAUCUUUAGCAAAAAAACUUCAAUCUGCUACUGAAGCACCACACGUAUCUGGAGCUCUAAUGAAACGACCCGCACCACAAGCAACUGGAACACCAACAAAAUGACCUAGUAAGUAAAAAACACAUUCUCUGCCCUUGCCAUAUUUUAAUGAAUUUAUAUUUUGAGAAGGAAUUUACACCAAUAAGCAUAUUUCAGAUCCUUGUUACUAUAUAGUGUACUUUAUUCAUCUAAUUUAGUUAUUUCGAUUUCUAUGAAUGUUUAUUUAUAUACUCCAUAUGUCUUAUGUUGACUUGUAGCUAGAGCAUUAACGAAACAACCUGGUAAGUAAAAAACACAUUCUUUGUACUUGCUAUUUUUUAAUGAGUUUAUAAUUUGAGAAUUUAUCCAAAUCUUUAAGUAUAAAACGACCUAUUAGUAUUUAGUUUAGUUUACUGACAUAUGAAGUACAUUCUUUGCACUUGUAUUUUAUAUUUUGUUUCCGGUUUAGUGACAACACUUACCAAUUUAAUAUUCUAUUUUUUUAGUUAUUUCAAUUUCUCUGAAUAUUUAUUUACACCGAUACUUCAAUUGAUAAUUUUGUAAUGUAGAUAACGUGUAAUGUAUUUUAAUUUACAGCUCAAUCUCUAGGAACCCACCAAGCAUCAUCUGGUAAUAAUGAAACUAUAUCACAAGGGUCAAAUGUGCGUGGAAAAACUUGUAGCCAAGGUGCACGAAAAGCAAUGAAAAGCGCCAAGACAAGAUUGACGGUAGAGUUUGACUUUGACCUUCUGAAAACAAUAUGCGCUAAUGCAGAGGCUUUCAAUAAUGAAAUUGGAUAUAUCGUCCGAACGCAAUGAGACUUAAAAUACAAAGAAUGGAGGUUUGUACCAGAAGAAGUGAGGGCACCACUUCGUUAUAAACUUCUUGUAAGUCUUCAUAAUUAAAGUUUAUCUUGUUUAAUUUGGCCAAGUAGCACAUCAUGUAAUUACAAUUAUUAAUUAUUGUAUCCGAAGGGCACAUCUCUACACUUUAAUUGUACUUUUCAUAUGCAGUUUUCCAAUUCAUGCAAUGCUCUUAA